UGGUGAAACAACAAAACCUACAAAGAGGUUCAAAGCCAGCAUGUUUUAACCUCAGUCAAUCAACAGCAAUUAUAAAACAUAUACAUGAUCUGUGGCAUGGCACAGAACCAGAUAAGGCUGUGUCAAUGGCUGUGUUCUCAGACGGCUCUUAUGAUGUUCCUCCAGGUUUGAUGUUUACAAUGCCAACAGUGUGCAAAGAUCGCACAUGGAAAAUCAAACAGCUUCCCAUUGAUGCGUUUGUAGAGCUGAGUAUCAAGAGGAUAGUGCGUGAAAUUGAGACAGAAACCAAGAGAGUAAUGAAGGUUUGGGAGGAGGAAGAAAGGGCCUACACUUCUCUAAAGACUCAAGACUGAACUCAAAUUAAUGUUUUGUGCGUUUUGUUCUAUAUUAUGAUGUGUUCAGCGUUAAUAGCUGUACAUGUGGUGUAAAGGAAG